CAGUACAUCCCGUCCCGUUACACCUCUGUCCCGUUCUAUCCUUCCAAUCCCUUCUAUCCCAUCAUGUCUCCUUCUGUUUUGUCCUUCCAGUUCUGAAUGUCCUGUCCUCGAACCUUAUUCUAAUUCUUAUCCCAUCUUAUUUUUGGCAAGACGACUUCUCAGUGACCAUUCCUCCACGUUUACAUCCACGGAGACCAAACAUGAAGAAUCAGCCGGAAGUGACGACGAAGAUCAAGAAAAUCUGGAUAUUUGUGUUGUUGAAUCGGAUGAGAAACCGACACCCAUACGUCAUUCUACUCCUACACCACCAGAAAUCGACGUCGGUGAUGAAAAGUCUUAUCUACAAGAACAGGGUGUUUAUCAACCCCCAAGACUCUCGGAAUCCCCUUUUGAAAAACAACACAUUGCGGAUAAGGGGGAAGAUUCCUUUGAAGACCAAUAUCCCAACAGUAGAUCCCUUGACGACUCUCGAGCAUCCGAGUUAUCUCCUAGAUCCCACUCUCUGGACAACGAUACGGAACAUAGUCAGUCAGAAGAAAAUCAAACUCUUCAUAAAAGUGAGCGAACAGACACAAAAGACAGUUUUGAAAGAUACGAUAAUGAUUCGCAUAGUGAUAACGAACCUCCGCCUACGCGUCGAGAAAAGCUUGAUUAUUCCCCCGGAACUUACCACCGAUCUGAAAGAGAGCGUCACUUUCUGAAAUACAGAGACCUAAAAGAUCACGAACGUUUGCUAGGGAAGGACACUAGUCCUCCCAAUGUAACUGUAAUGCAACCUUCUGUGAGUCAUCCCAUGUUUCCGUAUCUCUGCGCAGGAUCUGUAUUUCCAAACUCUUCUGGAGGUUUACCAUUUCCUCUGAAUUCAGCUCUGCUCAAUAGUUCCUCUUAUCCACACGGACACCUCACAGUUCCACUUUUACCAGGAUCACCGCCUGAAUUGCCACACCUACCUCCGACUCAUCUGCAUUCCAGCAAUUCUGGGCCGAUGUUAGGAUCUCAUAGUCUCUUAUCUAACUCACAUCUGAUGAAUCAGUCUUAUCAAGGAUUAACGUCGCAGCUGUCAAUGUCUCAUAUAACUAGCUCACAUCCCUUAGGUCCCAUGUUCUCACCUCGAUCUGCUCCAAGGUUCAGUCCGUACACAGUCCCUUUGACAAAAACUACAAUGGUUACUAAUAGCAGCCCGGUGUCAAUACCUGGUGGACAUUAUGGUCUAGGUGAAUCACCAAGGGGUGGUCCGCUGUUGUCUUCUCCUGUAAGUAGCACACACAUACCAUCUUCUCCUCGAAAGAGUCCAUUACCUGCCCACCAGCAGUCUCCAAGCACCCCUAACCAUGGAACUGAUAUUAGGAGUAUUGAAAGAAUGUUAAAUGGUUUGGAUAGAAAACCGCCAAUACACGACAGUAAUCGCUGCUAUAGUCCGGAUAAGUAG